CGCAGUUAUUCUGGCAGACUGAGUUUCGUUGCAACAAAUACUGUGGUUCACACUACAGACAGCAUUAUACAGGAGAGCAAACCACAUCCUCCCAGCACACGCAAGGGCUGAGGCACACCGGAAAAGCGCAGCUGACAGCCCGGUGCAGAUUCCUGUUUAAGUCCCGCAUGUUGACAGCAGAGACAGAAGAACCAACUCAAGUGGGCCACAGCUCGGUUCAAGUGGGAACAUUGGUCGGACAUACGCUGUUGGAUAUGGAUUAUUGGUGCCCUUGCCGCCGCUUUGGAUUUAGUUGAGACACUCGUGCUGUCGUCCUCCUGAAGUGAGCGCUGAGAACAAGUGGAUCCUGUUUCCAUUUGGCUCACCGGCUGCGUAAUCUACUUAAACCUUUAUGGGGAACCAGGUGGAGAAACUCACUCAUCUCAAUUACGCAGAGGUCCCCACGUCGGACCCGAAUGGCUUUGAUCAGGACGACGGCGGAACACGAAUUGGCGUUUCCUACAUUUUCUCUAACGAUGAUGACGAUGAUCAGGACGACCGUUUUGAUAACUUCUCCACAGAGAGCGCCCGGGUGAACCACGAGGAGAAGCCGUUUGACCCGAGGGACGAACUGGAGUGCGUUAUCUUUUACAGAGACGAUUGUUUGUAUGAGAGGAAGAGCGGUGAAGCCACGUACUCCGCGGAGAGCCUGCUGAACAAGUGCAGAGCGGGGGACCUGUUGGAGUUUGUAGCCACCGGACAGUACCCACACUGGGCCGUGUAUGUGGGGGACUUUCAGGUGGUUCAUUUGCACCGGGCUGAGAUCAAGAACAGCUUCCUGACGGAUGUGAGUCAGGGCAAACAGGGAAGGAUAGUGAACGAACUGUACCGGUACCGCGCGCUGCCACCUGAAGUCGUCGUGCGUAACGCCUUGGACCACGUGGGCACCAGAGACGGAGAGCUGUACUGGAGAAACUCUGAGUGCUUUGCAGCUUGGUGCCGCUUUGGAAAACGUGAGUUUAAGAUUGGGGGUGAAAUCAGGAUAGGCAAGCAGCCAUACAAGCUAAAGUUACUGUUUUCUGAUAAAAAGAGCCAUGUACUGGAGUUUCAGAGCCUGGAGGAUGUGGUGAUGGAAAAGAGGAGAAACGAUCAAAUAGGCAGAGACGCUGUGAUGCAGGAGCUCGCUAAUCACCUCAACGCAACACACGAAAUUAAAGAUGGCUGUUUUGGAGACUGAUGGGAGCUUCUAUGGUCAUCACACACAUCUUUCAGCUUUUGGACCAGGCCCCUAUGCCAGCCUCUAAUAAUGACCAAUGAGAAGCGUUGAGAGUCUGUAAACACAGCGCGUGCGUUUCGGUGUUUGCCUCCAGAAUGAGUCCCGUGGGGUCAGUAUCACAGUAGAAUUUUAAGUAGAAAGGUUCAAUUCAACAAAAGCUGUAGCAGUUGUGUUGCAAUGGCAAAUCUGGCAUCUUAAAAAUGAACUAAUCUUAGCAUUUUUCAUUCAAGACUACAUGAAAAUUAUUUUUCUCAAUAUUUAACAGCUCUGCCUUGAUACUUGAUUAGUUAACUAUUGCCAUAAUAAAGGGACACUGAAUGAGUGCUGGAUCAAGAGUUAAAAUGGCAGACUGACAUUAUGAAAAUGAAUUACUUAAUCAUUGACAAUAUAUAAGUGACUUGCAGUUUGUAGUUGUUCAUCAUAAGGUAUUAAGGCAAUCUCCACAACUGAUUAUCUCCUCUACCUGACUCCUGGACCCCUGUACUUUGGUCUUUUAAGGGGUCUUUAGAGUGGUAUUUUAACCUGAUACAUUAUUGCACAAGGAGCCUUCCUGUUGUACAGUAUUUGUGACGGUUGCUCCCAAUGACUCAGGUGUGACAGAGUAACAGAGACAGUGUUUGUCAUAUGAACUUUUGCUUUACUCACAGCUUUACCCACUCCACUUUUGCGUGGACACAGCUAUGAAGACUGUGCAUUUUUAUUAUUCACCGAAAUCAGCUGUUUAUUUUUGGAUAAAGAUGUUUGUAUGAAGAAAUUUUAAAUAAAUAUAUAUUUGGCCAUUAAAAAUUCUAUUUGUCAAUG